AUGGAGAAAGAGCUGGACGAUGAGACGAGCGGCCGUAUAUUUGAAUACCUGUGGCAUAUUAUCUUUGGACAAGAAAACAUCCUCUGCCCUGCCAAGGAACAGUGCUACAUGGAUACAUAUAAUAUGGAGUGGUAUCCAUCAUUCGACCCGAUUGAUGAGACAUCCUGGGUCGAUGGUUCCUUCUGGGAUGAUUUUGAUAUGGAAAACCUCGAUACAUACGAGAAUGGUCAGUUCUAUGAGCAAGACACAUUCGGCGUCGAUGCAAUGAACCAGGACAAUUUGUACAGCGAGAGUCCGGUUCAAAAGAACAUACAUGUGGAUGAUACAAGAUGA